GGAGUUUGGUAUGGCGCGGCUAUUUAAUAGGGAGUACCAGACCCAAUUAAGUCCGGCUUCACAUUUCGACAUUUAUUUUCUUAAUAAGAUUAGAAGGUCGCCAAACAUGGCAUACUUGCCAAAACCACUUGCUGCUGCUUCAUUUCUCGCCGCCAUACUUCUGCUCCUCAUCCACUUCUCUAAUGCUCAACAUUAUCAGGUAGACUUGGCCAAUUCCCCAGCACCAAGUCCUCAGCCACAAGUCAUCGACUGCAACGGAGCUUGUAAGGGAAGGUGUGAGAAGUCAAAGAGACCAAAUCUGUGCAAUAGGUCCUGCGGCAGCUGCUGCACCAGGUGCAAUUGCGUACCCCAUGGAACUUCUGGAAAUUAUGAAGAUUGUCCCUGCUAUUUUAAUCUCACUACCCACAACAACACUCGUAAAUGCCCUUAAUUAAUUCAUUCCUGUUUUUUAUUCUUUUCUUUUUUUGGGUUUUUGGAGAAUACAAAUAAAUAUACGGAGUAUAACAAUCUUGGUGUUAUUGUCGUCUUAAUGCUUCUUUUGCCGGUUAUACCUAGCUAAUUAGCAUUCACAUGUACGAUAAAAUUAAUAAGAAUUGUGUAUUUCGGUAUUUCAUUGCUUCUAUUGACGUAAACCAAAAGAUGGAAAAUGUUGGUGUUUUCUGUUUGUACCCUUUUUAUUCACUUGAUCGAUUAUUACUCAUGGUGUAUUUUGGUCUUUUUGAAGUUAUAGAACAAUGUUGUUUCUUUUUGUAGUUUAAGAAUGUUUUCAUUUGGAUUAAAA